AUGCAAAACCUAAGUAGUCUUCGUAAUCCUCAGGUCGAUUUUCACAACCCAUUCUAUUGCCCUGCCAUACCUGCUGCAACCUAUAUCAAAACACUGCGACAGACGACUAGGAACAAGCAAGGUUCCCACCAAACCACUGACGCCAACGCCAACAACCUAUUCAAUGCCUAUGCAAGGAUGAUGGAACGAUCAGAGCAAGGCGAGGACAGUGACGUCGACUUUGCUUACGAUUCCGAGAACGACUGGAUUGUAGGCAGGAAUCUGCGACCGCAGGCUGGAAAGAAACGCCGACUAGCUGUUUCCCCACCAGCUCCUGUCUUCUUUAAACAUUUCCGUGUUUCUGGGGUCAACGGUAGCAACACCACAGCAGCGACGAACACCUUCGAUCUCUCUGGUCAUCCUUUGGACAUGCAGAGCACCCUCCAGGGCAUCAGCGCGACUCUCAAACGGAAACGAGAUUUCUCAGACCUCCUCGGUACGCCCAAACACGCCAAAUCAGACUCCUUUGGACAAGACGAAUCCUUCGAGGUUGAAGUGAAAAGGACAAGGCUCAACUUCAGUGUCGAAUCGUCCCCUGUGGCCCUGCCGGAAAGUCCAGCAGCCCCAGCCGAAGAGGCGACCACUUCUUCUUGCCUCGAUACUCUCCGCAAAGUUGAAGAACUACUACCAGGACUCCGCCUGAGAGAUCGCUUCCGUGACAUCUUGGGUGGACUGGACACCCAGCAUCUCGCCGACAUUCUUGCUGAAGAUGGACUUAUAACCCCAGCCAUAUUGGACAUUCUCCGAACCACCAGCAUUUACAGUCUCUCUCUGGCGGCUUCACUUGCUGAAGAAGGCGGCCUCAAUAUUUGUGGCCAGGACAUGCUCAAAAUUCUUAACAAACCUGGCAGCUUCGAAUCCCUAACAGAGCUCUCCCUGGCCGGUUCUCGUAUCAACGACUUUGACCUCAUACACAUACAUCGGCUACCAAAACUCUCUGCACUGCACCUAAACCAGACUAGUGUCGGAAAUGAAGCCGUCUUUCUCCUGGUUCCCCUCAAGCGCACUUUAACCAGGCUUUCGUUGACGGGAAAUCCGGCGAUCGACGACGACUGUGUUCCAGCUUUGCUCCUUCUCACACAACUCUCUUUCCUGUCAGUGCUUGAUACGAGCAUCGACAUGGCCGGGCUUCGCAAACUGGCUGCUGCUGCGAAUGACGGGCACUAUGAAUCAAUCGACAUCGAAAUCCCAACUGCCUGUGAGGCUUACAUUGACAACCUAGACGACAUGUAUUUUCUCAAUCCGAGGCCGCCUCUCAUCACGGAUCCCGAGCUGUGCACGUCACUUACUGCGGCAGCCUUGAGGAAGAACCUGUCUGCACACGCUGCCAAAAAUCGGGAUAUUGUGACAACUGGGUCCCAGACUGAGAUGGCAGCGAGGUUAGCAGAGAUCUUGCGCAGGAGACAGGGGGAUUUGAUUGUUGCUCGAAUGUUGAGAGGCUGA